UCUUUCAAACUUUCAAACCCAAAAACCAUCUCUCUCUUCGCGUCUUCUUCUUCUUUCAGAUCCCUAAAACCCAUACCCAAAACCAAACCCUCCCUCAUUUUUCAAAUCCCGCCUUAACGGUCCUCUAUUAAUCUCAGUCCUUCACUUCCCUUCCCUCCAUUUAUCCUCAACCAUGGAGUCCGCCGAACCUCCACCUCCUCCUCCGCCGCCGCCGCCGCAACCGGAGACAGCUUCCAGGCACCACGCCUAUAGCCGGAAGCAGAAGUCUCUCGGCCUCUUGUGCUCCAAUUUCAUUGCGCUGUACGAUCGCGAAGGCGUCACCUCCGUCGGCCUAGACGACGCCGCUGCAAGAUUAGGUGUGGAGAGGCGGCGGAUCUACGAUAUCGUUAAUGUGCUUGAGAGCGUUGGGGUUCUUUCGCGAAAGGCAAAGAACCAGUAUACUUGGAAAGGGUUUGGGGCAAUCCCUAUUGCUUUACAGGAGCUAAAGGAAGAGGGUCUGAAAGAGAACUUCAAUACUUUCCAUGGCAAUCUCCAGGGCAAUGAUGAUCCUAAAUGUUCACAGGGUUCAGAUGAUGAGGAAGGUGAUGAGAGUGGUCCUGCAACUGGGAGUCAGAAUGAGAACCUCAGUGUCAAUCCCAAAUCUUCAGCAAACUCAAAAAAUGAUAAUAGAAGGGAAAAGUCUCUGGCACUACUUACACAGAAUUUUGUGAAGCUCUUCGUCUGCUCCACUGUAGAAUCCAUCUCCCUUGACGAAGCUGCAAGGUUAUUACUUGGGGAUGCACACAAUGCAUCUGUAAUGAGAACAGCUAAAGUAAGGCGGAUUUAUGAUAUUGCAAAUGUUUUGUCCUCCAUGAAUCUUAUUGAAAAGACCCACACAGCAGAUACAAGGAAGCCUGCAUAUAAAUGGUUGGGAUUAAGAGGAAAAGAUGCUGCAAGUUCAGCUUCAGACGAGUCUAGAAAAAGAGCCUUUGGAACAGACAUCACAAACGUCAGUUGUAAGAGGGGCAAGGUAGAAUCUUCUACUGCUGGGAAAUUGGAAGCUCAGAAACAAAAGCAACAUGAGAGUACAGUACGGCAACGUGAGAGCAUAGUACGUAAGGUUGAUAGGAACAAUUUAGAGGACUCAAAAGAAAAUACAAAGAGCUACCAGUUUGGCCCUUUUGCUCCAGUUACUAUUGCCAGAGCUGGGAAUUUCAACAUGAAGAAGGUUGACUGGGACAAUUUGUCGUCUACUUACCGUCCCCAGUAUCAGAAUCAAGGAGCAGGAGGAAGUAGUGGGAGAAAGAGAAGAGAGGAGGAAAGAGAAAUAAACAGAACAGGAGAGUAUGGGAUAGAAGAAGAUCAAGAACAAGAGGAACUUUGAAGGAGCUGUUUUCUCAUUACAUGGAAGCAUGGAAGUCAUGGUACUCUGAAGUUGUUGAGAAGCCAAUCGAAACUUGAUGUUUCUCCAUUUUCGUUACAUUCCCAAAUUGAUUGAGGAAAUUGCUUCUGUUCAACUCUCGAUGUUGACUCGGCAAAGAAGGGAUCGCCCUGUUGGAUGCAUUUCUCCAUGCUCCAUUUUAGAAUGGCAAUCCUCAGGAUACUUUUUAACAUUUUGUGACCCUGUUUAUCGGCAUUCAAUACAGAUUCUUUUCUUGGUUUAUGCAACUGAUUGCUAGUUCUAGAUGAUUAGGUUGAAGUGAAUGUUGUAUAGAUAUGGCAGGCUUAUUUGCUCCUUUCUCGAGUCUACAAUUGUUAA